ACAGCACUUCAUUUACUAAGAAUGUGCCAUUUGUCAGCCAGGACGUCCACCAGACUACAGUGUCAUGGCCGGCUGAUUGACUGGCUCAUACAGAGGUUUUAUACCCCCAGCAGCAGUGAAGCGCCAUUGGUACCUAAGCCAUCAUGAAGCACCUCAAUCAUGUAGGCCUCUUCCUGCUCUCUUUCACUUGCCUCCAACUAUCAGCUGCUGCGCCGGCGAGAGCGGGCAUCUCGCGUGAAGCUGAAGCACUUGUGAAUUGGAAGGCUAGCUUGGUCAGUGCUGAUGAGUCCCUUGGAUCAUGGUCGUUGGCCAACUCCACCAGCCUUUGCAGCUGGACGCACAUCAGUUGCGACCCUGCUGAGCACAUCACAGGGCUCGACCUUAGUGGCACAAGUCUGAAUGGCACACUUGACAGGUUGGACUUCUCGGCCUUUCCCCAACUGCAGAUUCUCGUCCUGUCCAGCAAUAGUCUAUAUGGUACAAUUCCAGCAGGUAUCGGCAACCUGACUAGCUUGGUAGACUUGCACAUCAGCGACAACCCGUAUUUGAGGGGUGCCAUUCCGCACAGCAUUGGACAGUUGAAGCACCUUUCUAGACUGGUACUAUCAUUGGUGGGGCUCGAUGGCAGACUACCUGAAGAGAUUGGUAACUUGACGACCUUGGAGGAGCUAUAUCUCAACUCUGUUCCUCUGACCGGGCCAAUUCCACUAACAAUUGGGAUGCUCGUGAAGCUCCGUGUGCUCAGCAUGCAACAAAACAAUCUGACAGGGAACAUCCCACUUGAGAUUGGAAACAUGACAGAACUGUGUAAAUUGUACUUUUCAGAUAACUAUUUAGAAGGGCAGCUACCAGGUACCAUCUCCAAUUUGAUAAAUCUCCAGGAUCUGGACCUGUCAAUAAAUCAGCUCGGAGGCCACAUCGUCACAAAGCUUGGGAAUAGCAGCUCCCUGGAUAUGGUCGAUAUUUCACACAACAAAUUUUCUGGACUGUUUCCGCCAUCCAUUUGCAUGGGAAACGUGCUUCGUACUGUCUAUGCGGAGUACAAUAGAUUUACAGGCAUUCACCACCAGACAUUCCAAAACUGCACAAGCCUGCAGACUGUUGUGUUCACGGCAAACAAUAUUGUUGCAGACAUAAGGGAUAUUUUUGGCGAGCAUCAAAGGCAGCUUCUGAUGAUUGCUUUUAGUCAAAAUCAGUUGUAUGGCACGCUUCUGACAGAUGAGGGUGAGAUAUUCUUUUGCAACUAUACUGGUUUGGAACUCAUCGACCUAUCAAACAAUGUCUUACAUGGAGGUCUCUCCAAGUGUUUCUGGGACAUUCCAUGGUUGGGAUUCAUGGAUCUUUCCAACAACUCUUUCGACGGUGUAGUUCCGUUGUCGAGGUCAUUUCCUUAUGCUCUUGAAUAUCUAAGACUAGCCAAUAACCAUUUCGAAGGACCCUUUCCUUUGGCUCUUAAGAAAUGCAAAAACCUGACCACUCUGGAUCUUGGAGGCAACAGUUUCUCUGGUACAAUACCAUCUUGGAUAAGCAAGGACUUACCUGGACUCCGAUUUUUUCGGCUGUCAUCGAACAUGUUUGAUGGUAUCAUACCCCGCCAGAUAUUACAAUUUAGCAGACUUCAGUUAUUGGACUUGUCAAAAAACAAGCUCACCGGAGCCAUUCCAGAUGAUUUUCUGAAUUUUACUGGCAUGGCAUAUGAACAGAAUGACGAUUCUGGUUAUCACAAAUUUCCAGGAAAGAUUCAAAUCGUUUGGAAGAAUGUAGAUUAUGUUUACACUACGAAGAUAGCAGGCAUGGUGGGUAUCGACUUAUCUGGCAAUGUCCUGUCACAAGAGAUCCCAGGUGGGCUCACAACCCUUCUUGUACUGAGGUAUCUGAACUUAUCAGGAAAUCAUCUGUCAGGUUGUAUUCCGGAAGACAUUGGCAAUCUUGUACUGCUGGAAUCCUUGGACCUUUCUCGGAACCAACUCUCAGGAGAAAUUCCUCCAAGCUUUACAGGUUUGAAGUCCAUGAGUGCUCUGAACCUCUCCAGCAACAAGUUAUAUGGGAUGAUACCUAUGGGCAGUCAGCUACAGACGCUCGUUGACCCGUCAAUAUACAUCAACAAUCUAGGGCUUUGUGGUUUCCCGUUGGAGGACUGCGUAAACUCGUCGCCAUCGAAGCAAAACGAAAGGAGCCAAUCUGAAGAUAGAGAAGCAUUGUGGUUGUAUUGCUUUGUGGCUGCUGGGUUCAUCUUUGGGUUCUGGCUGUACUGGGGCAUGUUGUCGUUUUACAGUGAGACCGGGAGAUGCACAUUCUACCAGUAUGUGGACAAUAUGCAAGAGAAUUUUACCAAGAAAGUACAUAGCUGCAUUUCAUGGUUCCAGGCUAAGGCCUUGAACGAGGUGUGAGUCAGCUACAAGCAGAAGGUGUGAGUGUGUAAUAUUUCCCUUCCUUGCUUGUACAAGAUUGCAAUGAGGAAGUUCUGUGUAUUCACUAGUGCUUUGACAUGUACGAGUCUUGUUGAAGUUCUGUGUUGUUAGAAGGUGAGGAGAGAAUCUCUGAUCUGUAAUAAGGAAUCUAAGUUUGCUUUGGAUGGUUGUCUUCUUUGCCCUCGCCCAAAA